GGAAGCUCAGGCUACGGGUGAUUAUACAAUUAAACCCUCGGAGAAGGAAGCAACGCUAGAUACCUCACAGUGGCCUCUACUUUUAAAAAAUUUCGAUAAGUUGAAUGUCCGGUCCAACCAUUAUACUCCACUUCCAGAAGGCUGUUCACCUCUCAAACGUGAUAUUAAAAAUUACGUCUCGUCUGGUUGUAUAAAUCUGGACAAACCAGCUAAUCCUUCAAGUCAUGAAGUUGUGGCAUGGAUCAAGCGAAUUUUGCGUGUUGAAAAAACUGGACAUAGCGGUACUUUGGAUCCUAAGGUAUCAGGUUGUUUGAUUGUUUGCAUCGACCGAGCUACAAGACUUGCUAAAUCGCAACAGAGUGCUGGUAAAGAAUACGUGACUAUAUUCCGUUUGCAUAAUGCUGUUGAAUCUGAUAAAAAAGUGAAGCAGGCUUUGGAGAAGUUGACUGGUGCGUUAUUUCAACGUCCACCUCUCAUAUCAGCUGUUAAGCGGCAGCUCAGAAUCAGAACAGUUUACGAAAAUAAGUUGAUUGAGUAUAAUCCCAGUCAAAAUAUGGGCAUUUUUUGGGUGAAAUGUGAAGCUGGUACUUAUGUACGCACAAUAUGUGUACAUCUUGGUUUAAUUCUUGGUGUUGGGGGUCAAAUGCAGGAACUUCGAAGAGUUCGUUCAGGUAUCUUUGGGGAAAAUGAUAAUCUAAUGACAAUGCAUGACGUUUUGGAUGCACAGUAUCUGUACGACCAUCACAGUGAUGAUAGUUAUUUGCGAAGAGUAAUUCAACCGCUUGAAUCUCUUCUUGUUUGCCAUAAGCGGAUCGUUAUUAAAGAUAGUGCUGUGAAUGCUAUCUGUUAUGGAGCUAAAAUACUUCUACCCGGUGUUCUUCGUUAUGAAAAUGGAAUUGAAUUGAAUGAAGAAAUUGUUAUCAUAACAACAAAAGGUGAAGCCGUAUGCUUAGCUGUGGCACUAAUGACAACAUCAACAAUAGCAGUGACAGAUCAUGGUGUUGUUGCGAAAAUCAAACGAGUAAUCAUGGAAAGAGACACUUAUGCUCGGAAGUGGUGCCUUGGUCCAAUUUCGUCUAAGAAAAAGGCCAUGGUGGGAUUACUAAAUAAAUAUGGUAAACCGAAUGAGAAAACUCCCGCUGGUUGGCGCUCUGCUUACUACGAUCUUAGCGAACCUACACCACAAAUUGAAACACAGAAAGAGGAGAAUCAGUGUACUAGUGUUGAAAACGUUAAGUUAAGUACAUUUAAACAAUAG